AUGGCGUCCUACGCCGACGAGUUCGCGUACCAUAUGACGGUGAGCCCCGGCGAGAUCAGAUACGGGUACGCCACCAGGCCCGACGCGCCGCUGUCCCGCCUCGUCCUCAACGACUCCGGAGUGGUGGAGCGCCUCGGGUGGGACCCCGGUAGCCGGGCGUGGAACAACUUCUUCCAGGGCCGGGGCCUCGGGACGUCUGCGACAAGGGCCCCGGGGCGUCUGCGACAAGUACGACAUGUGCGGGCCGUCCGGCGUGUGGAACGCCAGCACGGCGGCGACGUCGUUCUGCAGCUGCGUCGUGGGGUUCAGCCCCGUGUCCCAGACGGGUGCCGGCAGAACGUGCCGCUGGACUGCGGCGGCGAUGGCGAUGGUGACGGUGGCAGGAGGUCCACCGGCAGCACCGAAUGGUUCGCCGUUUUGCCGGGAGUGAAGCUGCCGGACAUGGUCGACUCGCGGUCGCUGGACACGAGCGUCACGUUGGAUCAGUGCAGGGCGAGGUGCCUUGCCAACUGCUCCUGCGUGGCGUAUGCCGCGGCGGACAUACGAGGAGGAGGCGACGGCACAGGAUGCCUCAUGUGGGCACGAAACCUCAUUGACCUACGGUACGUAGAUGGAGGCCAGACCCUCUACCUACGCCAGGCUAGGCCUGUAUCUGAGGCGGUACAAACCGCCCAUAGUCCCCUGUUGCUCCCAUUGCUCUGGCCAUCGUCAAGAGCGCAACAAGAAAUUUCUCCAGGCGGAAUGUGGUCGGUGAAGGGCAAGCUACCCAGAGGACAUCCGCUCCUCCACGGACUAUCCGGGAGAGCAAUUGCCGUGAAGAGACUGAAACCGAUCAGUGAUCUUCCGGAGGCAAUCGUGAGCUAUUUCACAAGAGAAAAACAGGUGAUGUCCGGGCUGCAGCAGCACCAAAAUGUGGUCCGGCUUCUUGCCUACUGCGAGGAAGGCGGCGAACGAAUUCUGGUGGAAACCAACGGAUCGCGCGUUGCUGAAUUGGCAAAGGAGGCUGCAAAUAAUCCAGGGGAUUGCCGAGGGCGUGAAGCACCUGCACGAGGGAGAGGGGUCGGCCGGCAACGUGAUCCACCGGGAUCUGAAGCCGGCCAAUGUGCUGCUGGAUGGCGGAUGGCAAGCCAGGUGGCCGACUUCGGGACGGCCAAACAGCUGCAGCUCCCUGCUGCUGGAGCUACAGGGACUCGGACGAUAAUCGGCACACCUGGCUACAUGGCUCCGGAGUAUGUUCAGAGCGAAGGUGGCGAGACGACGCUGAAUUGCGACGUCUACAGCUUCGGCGUCACGUUGCUGGAGACGUUGGCUGGCCGGAGGAACUGGGAGAGGCAAAGCCUCGUUUCAGAAGCCUGGAGGCUGUGGGCCGAACGCAGCAUUACGGCGCUCCUUGACUCCGAGGUUGCACCGGCGCCUGCCAAGCCCGAGCUUCGUCAGCUAGGCAGGUGCAUCCAUGUCGGGCUCCUUUGCGUCCAGGAAAAGCCGGGCGAUCGGCCAUCCAUGUCCGAGGUUGUGGAGAUGCUGAGCAGCAGUACCAGCGCGCAGCAGCAGCUUGUUGAGCCCAGGGUGCCCAUGGUCGGCAGUAGGAUUCUGGCUAUGAUUCUGGAGUCAGAUGCAGAUGCAGCAGACCUCUCGAGGCCGACAGUGUACGAGACAAUGGGCCAGACUCGAACAUAA